CAGCAGGUGCAUCUUUUCCUCAGAGUGACAGAGAUUGCACAGAGAAGAGGCAGGUAAAUUAUACAGCAUACACUGGAUUGUCUUGGAGCAUCAUACUUUAUCAUAUUGUGGCUUGUGCCGUGAGCAGUGUCUCCAUGUCAUCACCGUGCCUCAGCAGUAUCCUGACUCAUGCCAACCUCACCAUGUAUCAGACUGGCUCGCCCGAUGUCCUGCCACAACAACUGAAUGUGCUGCCCAGCAUCAAUACCCUACAGAUCCGCAAUCCAGCAUACAACUCUAUCAUAAGCGGUCAGUGGUACAGGCAGAUCAACCCUCACUGCUGGACAGCAGACCAUGUUCUAGAGUGGAUCAGUGACCACGUAGAGACCACUAAGUUUGACGCAAGCACCCUGAGCCUGGACUACUGUACCAUGGAUGGCCUAACUCUCUGUCAGAUGAAUCAGGACCAUAUGACUGAGGUCUUUGGCCUGCAGCUUGGUCCACACCUUCACCAGAGUCUGCAGGAAUACAAGACCAAAUAUGACCUGCAAAGCUUAUCAGGACCAGAGCUGAAUGAAACCUGUCAGCUCCUGGACAACUUCUUGGACAACCUAAACUUCCCUUUGCUCAGCACCAUUCGUAUUGGCCAAGCCGAAGACGCUGUCAGCAAAAGAGAGUUUGACUACCAGGAUGACUAUAAUCUGACCAGUCUGACCAUGGAACCCGUGACACCUCUGGAAGACACUGAGUACCUGUCUGAUAAUCAGUCUGACAGCGAGUACAGCUCCUCCUCCAACAGUGGCAUGUUUGGCUUUGCAAGCCUUGGCUCUCCAGAGUCUGGUUGCAGCGAAUCAGAACCAGAGUUCUCCUACCCUGUGAUCUUAAAGCCACACAUCAAAAAAGAAGGAGAGUCUCGAUUGAAGCGACCGCGGGGGCGUCCUCCUAAAUUCAGCAAAGAGCACAGCAGCAUAUAUGACAAUCCAAAGAAAAAUAAACAUGCACCUCGCGGCACUCACCUGUGGGAGUUUAUCAGGGACAUUCUGAUCCACCCAGAGAGGAACCAGGGCCUGAUGAAGUGGGAGGACCGCCACGAGGGUGUUUUUAAGUUCCUCAAGUCCGAGGCUGUGGCUCAGAUGUGGGGACAGAAGAAGAAAAACAGCAGCAUGACAUAUGAAAAACUGAGCCGUGCCAUGAGGUAUUACUAUAAGAGAGAGAUCCUGGAGCGUGUCGACGGCCGGAGGCUUGUAUACAAAUUCGGGAAGAACUCCAGUGGCUGGAAGAUUGAGGAGCUUGGCAUGUGAGGCAGAAAGGCAGAAAGCAAAUCAGAGUAGUAGAGCAGGAACUACAAAUACCCAUAUGUGCUGUCAGAAGGAGAGAAAAAAAACCCUUACUGUAUGAAAAGAUUAAGACACGUACUUCCUCUAAGAAGGGAGAUGUUGCAGAAAAUGUAUGCCAGUGUUUUUGGCACUUGUAGGUUUUAUGAACCAAUAUUAAUAUUUUACAUGUUAUGUGUUUUUGAUUGUCACUACAGAAUCUAUGUGCGCAAUACUUCAGUAUACAUCAUUUUAGAUGAUCACACAAUAACAGUACAUCUCAUAGUAAUAGCUGAUAAAGCAACCUAUUUACAGUUGUACAAAUGUCACCCCUAUGUUAGGCUUAAUCUUCUUUACGAAUGAAGGACUCACUCAUCCUCAUCUUUCACUGUAACUUUGGUUUUGUUUUGUCUCACUGGAAACAAGACUGAGGUAGGGCAAAUGUAAAAUUAGUUGUGGAUCUGAACCCUCGACCAAGUGUGGGAUAAACAAUGUAAAGAGACGGAACAGAGAAAGAUGGGGGAUGUGACCUUAAAUUACCACAGUAACAAUAUGCACUACAUGUCUAUUACUAUUACUUAUUGUAAAGUGUGUUUACGUCAUGUAGUUGAUGAGUAACUUAAUCACAUUAUGUGAUGUGAUCUGUUUUUUUAGAUUAUGACCUGUAAAAAAAGUUUUUAAUUAAUCAGUCAGAAAUCAGUUGCAUGUUGUUUCUGUGAUUGUCUUGAUGUCAUUGAUCUACUUUUAAUCCAUUAAUCUAUCUUUGUCCUAAAUGUGUGGUAUGUGGAGUGAAUCUCACUCUUGAGAUCUAUUAAUUAAAGACAUAGUGUUUCUACGGAUUUUUAAAAAUACAAAUAAAUCUUGGACUUCCUG